AUGUACCAUUCCUCAACCCACCAUCUACCCACACCUCCUACUUCUCACCCCACAUCCCCGACAUCCCAGCCUCUCUCUCGUAUAGCUUCAUCCUCUUUCACCUCUUCCGACCUUGACUCGGACGCUCCUUCACCCACUUCCAGCGAAGACGUCCCCGAGUCCUCCGACGAUAAUGUCAACCUCGAUAACUCGGAGAAAAACGAAGUGACCGAUCUACCUAAUUUCGAUGGUCCUUGGACACCACCAGUAUCACCAAAACCCACUCGUACUCAACCUUUACCUUCAUCUGGUCGGUUGGAAUCUACUAAUCCAACUCAACAUCCUCAUAAUGUCACUCAACAUCCUUACUCUAGACCGAACAUACCUCGUAGAACUUCUCAGAGGGCAUUCUUACCGAUGACUCCUUUACAUACCAACACCGCUCUUCCUCUAGGACAGGGGAUAUUGCCAAAAUCACAAGGAUUAGCUAGGGCGGUGUUGAGAAAUGAGGUGCCUCAUGCUGGUAUGGGACAAAAAGGGUUGGGGAAGAAGGAUAAGAUCAUCGUACCCACCAAAGCGUUCAGGACGACGUUCGAGUUAGAAUUGACGGCAAGCGAGUUUGCUAGGAGAUGA